AUGUCAAAGACAAAGACCUACGUUUGCUCUACUGGAGGACCUUUCUGCAACGCAACUUUUAGCAGGUUCACCGAUUUCAAGAGGCACGAAGCCCUGCAUUCAACAAAUGGGUACUUGUGCACCUGGCCUGGGUGCGAUUUUGCGACUAUGACGAAAUCUAACUACAAAAUUCAUUCUGCUAAACAUACGGGCGAGCAACGCUAUAUCUGUCCUCACGAUGAUUGUGACUACAAAACUCACGACCCUGCGCAGCUCACGCGUCACCGCCAGAAAAAACAUGGGUACAUUCCUCAUGCGCGCGGUCGUGGUGCCCCCUCCGCAAAAGGGUCGGGCGCAACUGAGUCGUCGUCCCAGUCUCACCCCCCUGUGCAGCCCCUGCCCUCUGGUUACCAAUACCCCACUCAAUACCAGCCUCCCCAACCUGUCUACAACCAGUCUUUGGGAGUCUUAUACGGCUCGGCAGGUACCGCGGACGACUCUGUCAUGUAUACCGGAUCCGCGAUAGCCCCAAAUGGGUGGACUGAGGGAUGCAUGUGUCCUGAAUUGAUGCAGCGACGCCCUUCGGAGAUGCCGGGGUAUGAAUAUAGGCGUUAUUAG